AGUAUCAUUUCAAAGUGGCUGGAAGAGUGUCAUCGCAAAAUGGAAAUACUAAACUUCUGCUUUUCCAAUAUUCUUCUUACGGUCGCCAUCCUUGUGACGUUCCUGCUUUUAUACGUAAAGUAUAGGCAUACCUACUGGCAAAGACGAGGUGUUCCUACUCUACCUGCCCACUGGUUCUUUGGUAAUGUGAAAGAUGUGAUACAAUUUAAGAAAUCUCCCUCCAUUAUGAUCGGUGAUCUACACAAUGAAGCUUCGGACAACGACGAUGUUCUUGGAAUUUACAUUUUCCACAAACCGUUCUUGUUAUUGAGAAAUGCGGAAUUAAUUAAACAGAUUUUAAUCAAAGAUUUCGAUUAUUUCCCGGAUCGUUAUUUCACGGCUCAAUCGAUUCGCGAUAAAAUAGGAAGCAGCAAUCUCUUCACGAUGCACAAUCCGGAAUGGAGGCAAAUGAGGACAAAAAUAUCGCCGGUGUUCAGCAGCGGGAAAAUGAAGAAACUUUUUCAUUUGAUCGGCGAAACCGCUGAUUCGAUGAAUAAAUAUUUAGAACAGCAAUUUUCAUAUGACGCGAAAACGAAAACUAUUUUCCUAAGGGAUGUUGCUUUGAAAUAUACGACUGACAUUAUAUCUUCCGUCGCUUUUGGAAUUAAAGUAAAUUCCUUCGAUCCUAAAACGGUGCAAUUCUUUGAAAAAGCUCAAGAAGGCACUCAAAUAACGUUUUUCCGUGCUAUCCAAUUUGGCUUCAUGUUCUUCUUUCCACAAUUUUCGAGCUGGAUUGGCGGUCAAAUGUUAGGAUCGUCUACAAAUUACUUCCGUAAAGUAUUUUGGAAUUCUAUGGAUACCAGAAAUAUGACCAAAGCUAAGCGAGGGGACUUGAUCGAUUCUUUAAUAGAUUUGAAAAAUCAAAAUGAUUUGAAGCUUGAGGGCGAUGAAUUAGUGAGUCAAGCAGCAAUCUUUUUCGUUGCUGGUCGUGAAUCAAGCGUAACAACUGUAUGCUUCACGCUUUACGAACUUGCCAAGCAUCCGGAGAUUCAGAAACGAACGCGAGAAGAAAUUCACGAGAAAUUGAAGGAACAUGGAAUGACUUACGAGGCCUUCCAGAGUAUGAAAUAUCUUAAUCAAGUUAUAUCGGAAACUCUACGAUUUUAUCCUCCAGCUCCACUUAUUGACCGUAUUUGUGUGAAAGACUACAAGAUUCCAGGAACUGAGACAGUUAUAGAAAAAGGGACACCCGUUUAUGUGGCUUUAACUGGUCUCCACUGUGAUCCAAGAUAUUUUUCAGAUCCUCUGAAUUUUGAUCCUGACAGAUUUAGCGAUAAAAAUAAAGAUAGUAUCAAACAAUGCACGUACAUGCCGUUUGGCGAUGGACCAAGAGUUUGCAUCGGAGUACGACUCGGUCUAUUGCAAAGUGGUAUGGCUUUAAUUUCGAUACUUAAAGAUUACGAAAUUUCCUUAGAUCCCACAUACAACAAAGAUGGCAUUGAUGUUCGUAACGUUUUCUUGACAGUAGCAGAAGACUUUAGGUUAAAUUUUACAAAACUAUAAGAAAUCUAUCGCAUUAUUGAAAAAUAUAUCUUUUCUUCUUCUUCUUAUACUUCCAUAAAAAGGAAUAAAAGGGAAUGUCAUAAAGGAA